GGAAUGGGCGUCUCUGCUGUGUCUAGGCAUGACAUGGAUCACUUCUCAGAGGUUCCUUUUUGCCACCGUGCUGUGGAACCAAUAAUUUCAACAGUGAACCAAAGUCCAAAGGUGGGGAUUUUACAAGUGCAGCCCCCUGGAGUUGGCAGACUUUUGCUGGCUAAGCCUGACACGAUUUUCUCUGGACCAAAACGGAAAGCUAUAACACUGAUUGAAGCGGUUGCUGACAAGCCUUCGUUAAGCAGUGCUCCAGUGAAAAUUGUUACAGAGUGGAGUUGUGCACUUUGUCAGAUAUUUACUACAAAUAAAGAUUGCCUGAAUAUCCACUUCCAAGGAAAAAAACACAAACGCAAGGAGGCUGCCUUUGGAGAACACAAGGACGACAGAAACUACAGAAUUGGUUUUUAUUCAAAGAAACCAAAACUUAUGCAGCUUGUGGAACGUCCUUGCGAUGAUCUGAUAUCAGGGAAGAAAUCAGAGAAAGAAUCAUCAAGUCCAAACGAUAACGAUCCACCAUCCUUGUUGAUAGAUGACAGUGCAAAUGACUUGAGAAAGAACACAACUCAUGAAAAACAAAACAAUGAGGAGUUCAAGUUUUGGUGUGACACAUGCAAAAUAGGGACCUUCUCCGAAAAGGUGAUGGAGACUCAUAAGGUAGCAAAGAAGCAUGAUCGGCAUCUUCAACAACUAUUUGGGAAGGACAAAGAUGCAGAGGAAUGA